AUGCCGAAUUUCCGAAUCAAGCGACCACAUAGUCCGGACUUUACUGGCAUAGCUAACUACAAGCGCCUCAGACUAAUCGAAGAUUUGCAAAAUCUCAGCAUUUCCGACAAUACCACUACAAGAGUUGUCCCUGAAGCCAAUUCAGAUCAAGUGUGGAAAGUCGUGAGUGGGCAAAAUCAAGCAGAUAAGAAGUUCUAUGACCGUAUCUGGGACGAUAUUCGCAAGGAUCGCUUGAAAGUGAUCAAGUGGUAUGACGGCGCUAAAUUGAUAUACCAGGCUUGGCUAAUAUGGCUCCAAGCCCGGUCAGGUUCAGCAAUGGAAGUUGACAAUGAUCAAGGUCAUGAGUGGAAUGAGUUCGGCUGUGAGCCCAUGCUUGUCGACUGA